AUGCCCAAAAGGAUGACUGAAGAAGAGUGGGAGUGCAGACUGCAGGCUGAAGAUGGUCUGCCUGAUAAGUCCCUGUUGAAUGGGAAACAGGUCUUCAAGAAGCUGGAGCCUGGCUCUUCCAGUGUCAAAGUUGCACUAAGAUCUGGAAGACAGCCAAGAGUCAUCUGGCUCAAUGACCAGAUUGAUAAUUUUAACAGAAAGAUCCGAGCCAUAAGGUAUUCAGAAGAGGAAUGUCAGAAGCCAGAAGGUGAACGGCACUCUUGCUUCUUGCAGGAACAGGAGCUUGAGGCUCAGGAGCUGGAUGACUAUCAAAAUUGGGUUGCCAAUGAAUAUAUAAACCAGGCAUCAAGCCCAAAAGGAAGACCAAUGAUUGAUGCCAUGGCGGCUCUAUACCGCAAAGGGAGCGCAGUGUCGGAUCAUCCAGCCCUGAAGGCUGGGAAUGGUUGUUGUCCCACAGCCGGGUGCGCCCUUGAUGUUAAAGCUACCUUGAAGACGCAGCAUAGUGUCCUUGAUUUAUGCCCUAUAUGUCAUCGGUGGUACAUUGACAUGGGGGAGUUUGAAGUCCAUUGUCAACAUCACAUCUAUCACCCAGCAACGAUUUCACUAGAGUAUGGUUUCCUUGAAGUCUGUGGAACGCUUGCAUGGUCCAGAUUCUGCCCCCAAUGCCUCAGCGAUAAAAGCAAGAAAGCUCGACGUCGCAUGGCUGCCUUCUACGAUCAGCAGUCGCUGACUAGGCAUAUGAAUCGUCACUACAAUGACUCUACCUUGGUAUUAGGCUGUGGUUCAUUCAUGGUUGUGAUCUGCUUUUCGACUCAGUCCGAGAGCUUCAGUGUCAUUAUGAUGAUUUACACUGCAUACCUGCUCCUAAAAUAUGGCGCAGUUGAGAACUGGCAUUGGAGAGUAAAGUGCCUCAUACUCCACAAGUUGUGGCGAAUGACAGAACCAAGCUGGAAGUUCAUGUCAACACUUCCGAGAGCUUUAAGCGCGAUGGAAUUGAUAUUGACAAUGACGGAAAGGUGGAGCGCCCAAGAAGACAGCGAAAGAGCCAAUUGGUGCUGCGGAACCUCCGGUUGUGGGGACCGGCCUUGCUGGCAUGGAUCUCUUCUUCGAUCAGAAAACAUUCUAUUCAGUCCUUUCGGUCCCAGAUCAUGCCCUGGCUUUCUCCCGAUACUGGUCGCCCUUAUUCGGCCAAUCCUGGUACUUUAA